GUGGAACUAACUGUCAGACAGGUUACUGCACAGUUGAACAAGUCAAGUCCACAGGAACGCCAGCCGGCGUUUCAUUCACCCGAUUUUGUGAAGAGAAUAUUUUCUUCAUCGUCAAUUAAGAAAAAAGUUCACAAUUUCUUUUUGCACAUUUUGACGCCACCACCGUUUAUUACUUCACCAAAAUGGGCUUCAAAUUCCUGGAAGUCAUCAAGCCUUUCUGCAGCAUCCUGCCUGAAAUCGCCAAACCAGAGCGAAAGAUUCAGUUUCGUGAAAAGGUGCUAUGGACAGCCAUCACUCUACUCAUCUUUCUUGUCUGCUGCCAGAUCCCCCUCUUUGGCAUCAUGAGCUCAGACUCUGCCGAUCCCUUCUACUGGAUCCGUGUCAUCUUGGCCUCCAACAGAGGAACUUUGAUGGAGUUGGGUAUCUCCCCGAUUGUCACAUCCGGUCUCAUCAUGCAGCUCUUGGCUGGUGCCAAAAUUAUCGAAGUGGGCGACACUCCCAAGGACAGAGCGCUGUUCAACGGGGCCCAGAAACUUUUCGGUAUGGUGAUUACGAUCGGCCAGGCCAUCGUGUACGUCAUGACUGGCAUGUACGGUGAUCCCAGCGAGAUUGGUCGAGGUGUUUGCCUCUUGAUCGUCAUCCAGCUGUUCAUCGCCGGCCUGAUUGUGCUAUUGCUCGACGAGCUCUUGCAAAAGGGCUACGGUCUCGGCUCUGGCAUUUCGCUCUUUAUCGCCACCAACAUUUGCGAGACGAUCGUGUGGAAAGCGUUUUCGCCGACGACGGUCAACACGGGCCGAGGCACCGAGUUCGAAGGUGCCGUCAUCGCCCUUUUCCACUUGCUGGCCACCCGACAGGACAAGGUUCGCGCCCUGCGCGAGGCCUUCUACCGCCAGAACCUGCCCAACUUGAUGAACUUGUUGGCCACGGUCCUCGUCUUUGCCGUCGUCAUAUACUUCCAGGGCUUCCGCGUCGACUUGCCCAUCAAGUCUGCCAGAUACCGUGGCCAGUACUCUAGCUACCCCAUCAAGCUCUUUUACACGUCCAACAUCCCCAUUAUUCUCCAGUCUGCGUUGGUCUCCAACUUGUACGUCAUUUCUCAGAUGUUGGCGGUGAAAUUUGCUGGCAACUUUUUGGUCAACUUGCUCGGUGUUUGGGCUGACGUUGGCGGAGGCGGCCCUGCCCGCGCCUACCCCGUCGGCGGUCUCUGCUACUACCUUUCGCCGCCAGAGAGUCUGGGACACAUUGCCGAGGAUCCCAUCCACGCCUUCCUCUACAUUUGCUUCAUGUUGGGCUCGUGCGCCUUUUUCUCCAAGACGUGGAUUGACGUGUCUGGUUCAUCGGCCAAGGAUGUUGCUAAGCAGUUGAAGGAGCAGCAAAUGGUGAUGAGAGGUCACCGCGAAACGUCGAUGAUUCACGAGUUGAACCGAUACAUUCCGACGGCGGCAGCUUUCGGCGGUUUGUGCAUCGGUGCCCUGUCGGUCAUUGCCGACUUUAUGGGCGCCAUUGGUUCCGGCACGGGUAUCCUGUUGGCCGUGACCAUCAUCUACCAGUACUUUGAGAUCUUUGUCAAGGAGCAGAGUGAAAUGGGUGGCAUGAGCACGCUCCUCUUCUAGAACUAACGAAAAUUAUUUUCCUUUCUUUUUUUUUUUCUUUUUCCUUGCCUUUUCGUUCAUCCAAAGCGACAAGUUGACAUACAUAUGAAAAACUUAAUUUACCACCACCAUAUAGAGAGGAAUUGAUUUAUAAAACAACGCCCCACUCGCUCCGCCCCUUCACAAUGCAAUCGUCGUCAGGUGGACAAUUUUUUUUUUUUUAUUAUUGAAUUUUCCUCGAAAAUUCGACAACAGUUUCAGGACGUUGAAUUGUGUGUGGGGAAAGUGGGUCAAGUUUCAGAGUUGAGAGUAAAAGAAGACGGACUUGUUUGUACGUUGACCAAAAUAUAAUAAAUACAACACCUGAUGGAAACUGGA